AUGGUGGAGUGGACCUCCCAUGUGUAUUCCAAGUGUGGUCCAAAUGUGUUCCAAAUGUAUUCUCCUCCGCCCACCCCAACGACAUUGGCUCCAUUUCCACUUCUCAUUAGGCAGUCAAAUCAAGGGAGCCCUGUCCCACGAGGAAAAAAAACGAGCAACCUCUUUAUCAGGUGUAGCGGGGUGGGAAGAAGCAGGGGCAGCUCGGCGCCCCCAAGCGAGAGCCCAAUCAAUCGAAGCAGAUCAUUCAGAGUGAAGGGAAGUACGAAGGAUCAGCCGAUGAAACUGUGCACAGAACAAUACGACGUCGGGAUUCUGGGGUGCGGAGUCGGGGGACACGCUGCAGCAAUUAACGCAAUGGAGAGAGGAUUAAAAGUCAUCAUUUUCACAGGAGACCAAGACAGUAUCGGAGGGACCUGUGUUAACGUUGGAUGCAUUCCGAGCAAGUCACUGCUAUACGCAACGGGUAAGUACCGAGAGUUAAAGAAUCUAGCCAAACUGUAUACAUAUGGCAUUCACACCGACGCAUUCAGCAAAAAUGAAAAGAAAGAUCCAGUGGAGAGAAACCAGUUACUAGCGGAUAGUGUUCAUAUAGACAUCGGAAAGUUAAAGGAAUACACACAGAACGUUAUUAACAAAUUGAAGGGAGGAAUUGAAUACGGAUUGAAAAAUCAAAAAUUUUGCAAAAAUUCUGAACAUGUGCAGGUAAUUUAUGAACGUGGUCAUAUAGUGGAAAAAAAUAUUAUUAAGGGGGGGAAAAGUGGAAAGGAAUACAAAGUGAAAAAUAUAAUCAUCGCAACAGGGUCCACUCCAAACGUCCCAGACAACAUCGAAGUGGAUGAAAGAACUGUUUUUACUAGUGAUCAGGCAGUGAAGUUGGAAGGAUUGCAGAAAUAUAUGGGUAUAAUCGGCAUGGGAAUAAUAGGAAUUGAAUUCACCGAUAUUUACACAGCCCUGGGGUCGGAAGUUGUCUCCUUUGAUUACUCCCCUCAGUUGUUACCAUUGCUGGAUGCAGACGUGGCAGGCUACUUCGAUCGCGUGUUUAUUAAGUCCAAGCCGAUGCGUGUGCACCUGAACACGCGCAUUGAGUAUGUGCGUGCGGAUAGGGGCGGCCAGCAAGUCAUCAUCGGGCACAGUGAGAGAAACAGCGCGGAGGAGCCCACCUCAGAUCAUACCAACAAUGAGAUCAGGGAAACACGUGUCGACAGCUGCCUAGUGGCUAUUGGGAGGAAACCCAACACGAAUAACCUGGGGCUAGAGCAGUUACAAAUACAGACCAAUAGAGGGUACGUGUCGGUGGACGAACACCUGAGGGUGCAGAAAGAAGACCAGGGGGUAUAUGAUCAUAUAUUUUGCAUAGGGGAUGCCAAUGGGCGUCAGAUGCUGGCACACACGGCGUCGCACCAAGCACUGAAGGUGGUAGAUUGGAUAACAGCCAAGGGGGAAGGGGAACACAUAAGUGUCCACUCGAACCGUUCCCACAGCGAGUGGGCUAGUAAACCGAUCAUCUAUAGGAACAUCCCCUCGGUGUGCUACACCACCCCUGAAUUGGCAUUCGUGGGCCUCACAGAGAAGGAAGCGAAAAAGUUACACCCCCCAGAGAACGUCGGUACAGAGAUUUCAUUUUAUAAGGCGAACUCUAAAGUGCUCUGUGAACAUAACGACGUCAGCUUUGCGAAGGACUGGAAAAAUAAUCCAUACAACAAGGGAAGGUACAACUGUGUCGACAAUACCAGUGGCAUGGUGAAAAUUGUUUAUCUAAAGGAUAGCAAAGAGAUUCUGGGCUUGUUCAUCGUCGGUAGUUAUGCUUCCAUUUUGAUUCACGAGGGCGUGUUGGCUUUGAAUCUGAAGCUGUCCGCGAUUGACUUGGCACACAUGGUGCACUCGCACCCCACGAUUAGCGAGGUCCUGGACACGGCCUUCAAGGCCAUCGCGCGGGUGCGCACGCACUGA